CGUAGCGCCCGCGACGCGUGCUCCGCUACGCCGUAGCCGCGAGCUACGAUUCUCGAGUGAAUAGUAGCGCUUAGCGCUUGACACAUUUACUGUGCACUGAAUGGGAACUUUACAAACUGUCUUUAUUGUUUUCGUUUAAACUUUCUUUUGUUUGUCAUAUUUUCCGAGUGAAAUGUAACAGGGAGUGAUGGGCACAAACAGAAAUGAUCUCGAUAGAGUGAAAGUGUCUCAAACAAUGAAACUGUAGUGCUCACACAAUGCUAAACGGGACGGCGGAGCGGGGGCUGUCCCCGCAGUCGUCGCCCGUGCGGGCGUCCCCGAGCGGCGUGCGGGCUCCGCCGCCGCCGUCGCCGCUGAAGUCGUCGCUGUCGCCGGCGGCGGCGGCGGCGGGCCGGCAGCGGUCGCCGCGGCGCUGCCAGUUCGCGGCGCCGGCGGAGGAGGCUCGCGACUCGUGCGGCGCGGCGGCGGGCUGGCUGUGCCGCCGCGGCGCCGGCGCCGGCCCGCCGCCCCACCCGGAGCCCGGGCCCAGCGCGCCGCAGGGCUGCGACGACUCCGCGCCGCCGCCCAAGAACUGCUUCCGGCUCGUUAUGCUCGGAUCAGCUCGCGUGGGCAAGACGUCGCUGGUGGCGCGCUUCCUCGGCACCAGGUUCGAGGACAGCUACACGCCCACCAUCGAGGACUUCCACCGCAAGCUGUACCGGAUCAGGGGAGAGGUGUACCAGUUGGACCUGCUGGACACUUCGGGUAACCACCCCUUCCCGGCCAUGAGGAGGCUCUCCUUCUUAACAGGUGAUCUGUUCGUGCUAGUGUUCGCCAUGGACAGCCGGGAGUCUUUCGAGGAGGUCAUCCGCCUGCGAGAACAGAUCCUGGACACCAAAGCCAGCGCCAUCAGUGGAGGCAGCCGCGGCCGAAGGCAGGUGCCCAGGGUGCCCAUGGCCAUCGCGGGCAACAAGUGCGACAGAGAACUCAAGACUGUACAACCAGAAGAGGCAACCGCCUACUGCGCUACCCAAGACGGCUCUUGCGUCUUCGUGGAGACUUCCGCCAAGAAGAACUACCACGUCGACGACCUCUUCUACGAGCUGUUCGUCGUCGCCAACCUCCCGCUAGAAAUGGCCCCGAACCACCACAAACGAGUCAACACAACCUUCGGCAGCCCAUGCACCUUACCUCCGACCAGCAGCCAAAGUAAUAGGAGUAAGAAAUGUACACUAUCUAUCAAAAGAAGGCUGUCGGAUGCCUGUGGCGUUGUGGCGCCCAACGUGCGAAGGCCGAGCAUCAGGACAGACCUUAUGAUAAUGAGAACCAAGACUUGUGCCAAAGGAGACAGCGACAGUGCCAGUGGGAGUCCGAAGCUGACCCUGAACCGGCUGGUGCGGGCUAGCGGACAGAAUGAUAAGAGGUCGUGCGUUGUACAGUGAUAUUUGUAAUGUGUCAGUUAUUAUACGUACAUUACAGAUGUCUGAAUUGAGAUUUAAUAAGGAAACAA